AUGUUCUUUGAUGAAGAUGAUCUCUCUAACCUAAGCCCUAGUAGCCUCACGGUGUAUGUCAAGAAAAAUGGUUACGAGAUGGAAGGUAUCAGAAUCGAACUUCCUACGACGGCGACCAUGCAGGAAUUGUUCGAUAAAGCACAAGAAUGCCUGGGCUUGGACUUGCCGGUCGAACGCGUAUUCUUCAGCAACGGGUUCGAAGUAUCAGAAAUGAGCCAUAUAGAACAGAAUGAGGUGCUCUAUGUGAGUACAGGUGGGAAUUUCAGAUCACCCACACGAAACCCGUUGUCUCGGAAUGUGGCCAACUACAUACUUGGUGAAACUCGGGGUGAAGGUGGCUACGGCGAAGUCGUGAAGGCUGUUGACUCAACCACGAAAGAGAAGUUCGCUAUGAAGUUGGUGAAGAAAUCUAGCUUCAGCAGGUUUGGAGACCUACAGCGAGUCUACACUGAGAUCGACACGUUGCGAGCUCUUCGUCAUCCUAACGUCAUCCGCAUGGCCGACGUUGUGGAUCAUCCAGAGUAUAUCAGCUUCGUGAUGGAGCUGGCAAGCGGAGGAUAA